AUGGUUUCAGUUAGAAUAAUUGUACAAAUGUCAAACUCAACCAAAGCCAAUGUCAAAAUGAUAACCAAAACAACAAAGAGGACAGAACAAAGGAAAAUGCUUGGAAAAAUAGAAAACAGAUCACGUACGAAGAAGGAGACAAUUCAUCUACAGAUUGACACCACUACUAAAGAAGAAGUUGGAAAACCAAUGCAAAUUGCAAAAAAAAAGGUGCAAAAAAAAAAACCACUACAAAGGCAGAGGAAGAGGGAGACACAACCUAAAGAACAGAACAAUUGUGAAUCAAGGAAGCAGAAGAAAAGAUGCCAAACACUCCAACCACCAACAACAAUCAAGAGAAAGGAAAAGGAAAAUGACAAACCAAUUCUAAAGAAAAAGAAAAAGAAAAAUGCCAAACCAGUUUCAGAAUCAAACAAGCAACAAAUUGAAGAAGCAAUAGUGCAAAAAGAGGCAAUACAACAAACAAAUGAGCAUAGUGACAGAAUUGACACAUUGCCGGACAAAAAUAUUUCACCAAUGGCAAAAGAAAGAGAACAAGAAACAGAUAUUAAAGCUCUAAAAAGCAACAAUGCUCUCAACAAGAAAGAUCUACAAGCCAAAAAGCAGCAAAGCCAAAGAUAA